UUCUACGUGUAUCUUGAGAUUGCUAGACAUGUUGUUUCCACCUCAUCUUCCGCUCCUGUCAGAUGUACGGAGCCACUAUUUUCAAACCGUACUCUGCGAGGUGUUUUAUUACUUCGUCAUUGAAUCUUUGACUGUGUACACGGGAAUCAAGGGGUGUGUUACUGUCGGUUGGAGAUUACGGACCGAGUUUGAAAGAGAGGAAAAAACAGGGAUUUGUAGGCUGCAGGCAUGAUUCACAGGAAAGAAAGGUGACAAAGGAGUUGACGACGUCUGUAGGAUGAGACAUAGGAUCUGCAUGGCAUCUGAUUUCUUCUACCCGAACAUGGGAGGAGUGGAGGAACACAUUUACAACCUGUCACAGUGUCUCAUUGCUCGCGGGCACAAAGUGAUUGUUCUAACCCACUCUUACGGUAAUCGUAAAGGUGUCAGAUACAUGACAAAUGGACUCAAGGUUUUCUACCUGCCAGUGCGCGUCUUCUAUAACCAGUGUGUGCUGCCGACAAUGGUCGCCUCGCUGCCUCUUAUACGCUACAUCCUGCUGCGCGAGAGAAUUUCCGUCGUGCACGGCCACUCUGCAUUCUCGACGCUCGCUCACGAGGCCAUGAUCAUUGGCAGGCUACUCGGCAUAAAGUCGGUGUUCACAGACCACUCACUGUUUGGCUUUGCCGAUACAUCUGCCGUUAUCACCAACAAGUUCCUGGAGUUGUCGUUGGCAGCCUGUGAUCACUGCAUAUGUGUCUCCCACACUGGGAAGGAGAACACCGUUCUCCGAGCCAAGGUGCAACACAACCGUGUUUCGGUGAUCCCCAAUGCUGUCGACAUGACAGUUUUUGUGCCAAAGCCAAAGUCGGAGAACAACAGUGCAGAUAGGAUAACAAUUGUCAUUGUGAGCCGACUAGUGUACCGAAAAGGAGUGGACCUCAUGGCGCAGAUCGUCCCAGAAAUCUGUUCCAGGCACUCUGAUGUGGACUUCCUGGUGGUAGGCGACGGGCCGAAGCGGUGGCUGGUGGAGGAGACGCGGGAGCGGCACUCGCUGCAGGAGCGCGUGACGCUGGUGGGCAGCCUGCCCCACGACCGCGUGCGCGACGCGCUGGUGGAGGGCCAGAUCUUCCUAAACACGAGCCUCACCGAAGCCUACUGCAUGGCCAUCGUGGAGGCUGCCGCCUGCGGGUUGCUGGUUGUCAGCACCAGAGUGGGAGGAAUACCAGAGGUACUCCCACCUGAUCUGAUCUACCUCACAGAACCCACUGUGCCAGCUCUCCUGGAAGGCAUGGAGGCAGCUCUGUCGGACCUGAGGAGCGGUCGGGGCCCGGACCCCUGGAAGCUGCACGCCCGCGUCUCUGCGCUGUACAGCUGGCCCGACGUGACGCGGCGCACCGAGAAGGUGUACCGCACAGUCGCCAGUUCCCCUACGCACACAUUGGGGCACCACAUGAGAAGUUACGCUGCCAGCGGCGUGUGGCCCUUCCUGCUGGUGAUCUCGCUGUGCCACCUCGUCCUGCAGCUGCUUGACUGGCUGGUGCCACGACAGUACAUAGACACUGCUCGAGACUACACCAACCCCGGAAGAGGAAACUGCGCAGCUGGUGACCAGUGGCAAUGGAAGCCGCAGGUGCGCAAGAAGAAGCCCGCGUGAUAUGCCGGCUGCGUCCUGUCGUCGCCGAAGGUGAACGGCCUGUCGAGGCUGAAGGUAUUGUCGGUGAUAUGUGGCAGCAGACCGUACACACGAGAAGAGGGGGGGGGAAGGUCCUGUGAUGAGUCGACAGCUUGUACUUUCUGCCUUCAACAGUUCUGCCUGGUGCAUAACGGUGGAUAUGCAAUUUGGAUCCACUAGUUGCAAAUGUGCAAAAAGCUAUUAGCUUGUGGACAGCUGCGUAGUGUUUUGAUGUAAUGUAAUGUUAAUGUUGUGAUACAUUCCUAGUCACAAGAGCUCAACUAUUUUGGUAUGCCUGUUUUGUUCAGACAUGCAUCAAAGUACAAAAAUAAUUUAGUUACAUAUAUCUCCUCUCUCUCUCUCUCUUAUAAAUUGUGUGUGUGUGUGUGUGUGUGUGUGUGUGUGUGUGUGUGUGUGCGCGCGCGCGCGCGCCAACCAAUAUUUUUUUCCACAAACCUGUCCUAACCAAAAUGGCGUUGUCAACCAAUACCACAGCAUAUAAAGUGUUCUGUGUUCAGAAGUUUCAGAAAAAGAAUGCAGUACCAACCAACCUUUUUAGACAUGACUGUGCAGUCAACUACCCCUCUCUUGGCUGUAGCUCCUAUGAACUUUAAACAUUACAACUGUGGUUCUGCCACGAUUAUUGUGACCCAUUGUCAAAAAUUGUUUUGUUUCACGCAACUGGCCUCUUUUACUAUAGGUGCCAAUUUUGAGUGAUAAGAAGCUGGCCUGUUUUCUCAGCUUAUCACCUGAAGAUGGCCUCUUAAUUCUGAAACUGGUCAGUUAUUAUGUGCCAUUGAAUUGUAACAUCUGAAAAACUUUUGACCCCAGCAGAACCAUUAAUUUAACCCUUAAGAAAUCAAAUUCAUUUUCAGGCUACAUCUUUUUAAAAUGUUGGAUUAUUAUUUCACUCGCUAAAUGUAUUAAAAUGAAAAAGGUCAUGGAGAUUCAUUAGGAGGCCUUAUUCCAUAUAAGUAUGUUAACUUUACACACAAAAUACCCACAAAGGAAUGGUUGUUGCUUGAAGAGCCAAGCUGAACUACUAAUAACCUACAACCUAUAAUAGCAGAGACAGUGGAAACUUCAGAGGUUAACAUAUUUACAGAUUUGGGGUGUGAGGUAUCACUUAUCUCACGCAUUUUUUAACUCUACAGAAUAAACAGCACUUACCGUUAUUGCCAGUGACUGGAGUAUACAUAAUCGGGAUAACUGGAACAAAAGUAACUUGUAAAAUACGAAACUUGAGUGAACUGUAGUAUUGGGCAUACGUUAUUUUGUCAAGCACUAUUAGUAGUAGAGAAUAUUAAUAGAGAUGUACUGUUUGGUUUAGAUUGGUUGUUAGUUUAAAGUCAUCUUAAACUUUGAUGAACAUCAUCUUUGUUACGGUAGAGGGGACACUAGAUGCUGGACGCCAUUUGUAACAAAUCGCCUCAUAGAGGAACAAACAACAGUGUGUCAGUGUCUACGAUUAACAGCUACGUUUCCGACUUAGUGGUAGUGUGAAUCUGGGUUAUUCCAGUUUAUUCCCCCAAACCACCUUCCACUUCUUUACGAGGUGAUUUACUUGGAAUUUGCAGCUACUCUUCUUUACUGGAUAGCCAGCUGCUGGAAACCCUCUUGACUUACUCUCAAUCGAAUAAUGCUAGGUACAGACAUUUUUAGACUUUCUACUUAUGAAAUAAGUAGACAUGCAAACUUUGCUUUUCAUCGGUUAACGAUGUAUUUGGCUUUCAACGCACAGUAAAACUCUCAUUUUCAACAUAUACAGGGUGAGGCAUAAAGGAUGAAUGGUUUCCAAAUGAACAAUACAUAGUUAUUCAACACUGUGCAACAUGCCUCUGUCUAUUUCGACGAUUUCCAAACAAACGGCUUCCUUCAAUUCUCAAACUGUACGUGGUUUAUACCCAUACACACAUGAUUUGAGGUAACCCCCACAAAAAGUAGUCGCACAUGGAUAGGUCAGGAAAACGAGGAGGCCAAUGAAUUUCCCCGGCCCGGGAAAUAACUCUACCAUGAAAAAUAGUCUUCCAUAGUCAAACUUGCCAUGUGAGCUGUAGCUCCAUCCUGCUGAAACCACACUCGCCAAAUAGGAAUAAGUUUUCUUCUUAAUUCAGGUAGGAAGAAUUCGGUGAUCAUCUCUCUAUAUCGUUCAGAGAUUAGGGUUACAGUGUUCCCGUACUCGUCUUGGAAAAAGUAUGGACCAAUAACAUCUGUAUCUGUCGCAGCACACCAAACAGUCACCUUGGGACUAUGUAAUGGUUUCUCAUGCAGUAGUUUUGGCCUUUCACUGGCCCAAUAACAACAGUUGUGCUGAUUUAUCAUUCCAUUGAAAUGGAAAUGAGCUUUACCACUCCUAAGCGAAAUAAUGUUAUCAUUUUAUUCAAAUAUGUCCUCCAUUUCUCGGGAAAAAUUUAGCCUCUGUUCAUAAUCUCUUGAGUUUAAUUUUUGCAUAAUGGCUAUUUUGUAGGGAUGAAAUUUCAGGUUAGUAUGCAAAAUACGCCUUAAUGAGGCGUAGCU